CCGUGGGGUGCCCACGCGUGGCGGAGCCCCUCGGCCGCCCUGCUGGUCCCGUCCCGUCCCGUCAGGGCGCGUCACUUCCUCGCCCGGCUCUCCUGAGGCGAUGUCUCCGCUCAAGUUGCCCGCGGCCGCCCGGCCCGGGGGCUCCCUCCUCCGCCGCCGCCGCUGACUGGGGAGGGCUUUCCGGCGCGGCCGCCAUGCCCGCCUCCCCGCCUCGCCGGGGCACGGCCGGGCCGCCGCGGGGCUCGGGGCUGAGGAGCACCGUUAGUUAGCUCGGUGCGAGCCUCGGGGACGGCCAUGGCCCGGGACUGCGCCGCCCGCAGCCUGGACGGCACCGACCUGGCGGCGCUGAGGGAUCCUGCGGGAAUAUUUGAACUGGUGCAGGUUGUUGGAAAUGGGACAUACGGACAAGUCUACAAGGGUCGCCAUGUUAAGACUGGGCAGCUAGCAGCAAUCAAAGUGAUGAAUGUCACUGAGAAUGAAGAAGAGGAAAUCAAGCUGGAGAUAAAUAUGCUAAAAAAAUAUUCCCAUCAUCGGAAUAUUGCGACAUAUUAUGGUGCAUUUGUAAAGAAAAGCCCUGCAGGCCAAGAUGAUCAGCUCUGGCUGGUGAUGGAGUACUGUGGUGCUGGCUCUGUCACUGAUCUGGUGAAGAAGACAAAAGGGAACUGCUUUAAGGAAGACUGGAUAGCGUACAUCUGCAGAGAGGUUCUCAGGGGCUUGGCACAUCUUCAUGCUCAUCAUGUCAUCCAUCGAGAUAUUAAAGGGCAGAAUGUUCUUCUCACAGAAAAUGCAGAAGUAAAACUGGUGGAUUUCGGUGUAAGCGCCCAACUGGAUAGAACUAUUGGGAGAAGAAACACGUUUAUUGGAACACCAUAUUGGAUGGCACCCGAGGUCAUUGCUUGUGAGGAGAACCCAGACUCUACAUAUGAUUACAGAAGUGACCUCUGGUCUCUGGGAAUCACUGCAAUUGAAAUGGCUGAAGGAGCUCCUCCCCUGUGUGACAUGCACCCCAUGAGAGCGCUCUUCCUCAUCCCACGGAACCCGCCCCCAAAGCUGAAAUCCAGAAAAUGGUCAAAAAAAUUCCUUAACUUCGUUGAAAGCUGCCUUGUAAAAAAUUAUUUGCAUCGUCCACCCACCGAAACCUUGCUUAAGCACUCCUUUAUCCGAGACAUGCAGAAUGAACGGCAAGUGCGCAUCAUGCUGAAAGACCACCUGGAUAGGACCAGGAAGAAAAAAGGAGAAAGAGAAGAAACAGACUAUGAUUACAGUGGAAGUGAGGAGGAAGAUGAUGAGCUGAAUGAAGAUGAAGGAGAACCAAGCUCCAUAGUUAAUCUCCCAGGGGAGUCAACUCUCCGUCGUGAGUUUCUGAGGCUGCAACAGGAAAACAAAAACCGUUCUGACCCUCAUCGCCAGCAGCAGCAGUUGAAGGACCAGGAGAAAUACAAGAAGCAGCUGCUGACAGAGCGGCAGAAGCGCAUUGAGCAGCAGAAAGAGCAGAGGAGGAGGCUGGAGGAUCAUCAGAGGCGAGAGCAAGAGCUCCGAAGGCAGCAGGAGUGUGAGCAGAGGUGGCCAGAGGCUAAGGAUGUUCAGAGAAAAGAGGAGAGAUGUAAGGAAGACAAAAGAGCUGUGGAAGAUGAUGAACGAUUCAUAGUAGACGGGCAGAGGAAAUCAGAAAAGAAGCAGAAAAAAGUGGAAGACGUGCAGCACAACAAGAGGGUGCAUCGAACCCUGCCCAAAGAUCAGACGCAGCUGUUGUCUCUCCAGCAUGACCAUAAGCAGAAAAAGAAGGAGCCUUCCAAGAGUUCAAAUUCAGCAGCACAUCCUCCACCAAGCAACGCAGGCAAAGAGGCUGAGGACCGAAGAAAGAGAAGUGACGGCACCCAGCCCUCCCUCCAGUGGCCCGUGGUGCUGGGGCACGACAUUGCGCCGCAGGCGAGGGUGGGCUCCGGCAGCAGCUCCAGCCCCUGCACUCCUGCCCUGCAGAGAGCUGUCGUAGUGCAGUGUGACAAUUUCCGGGCAAGUAAAGAUGCGUACCACAGCAGCUCGCUGUCAGAUAUGGCAACAAUACCAGUCAGCCCUGGACAAGAUGAUGUGUUCUGGAAUGAGAUUCAAAACGAAGAACAACCCCCGAAGGUUCCAGAAAGGACAACCUCUAAAUUUUACGGCAGGGAUCAACCUGGCCAUCAGAGAUGCCAUUCAAGUAACAGUCAUCAGUUGUCCCCCGGGGGCCAUGCUCUGAAGCUAAACAGCAGCAGCACUCCUGGCAGCAAGCAAUGGGAGAUGGGAUCUCAUCAGAGCGGCCGACCAACCUCAGGGAACCCAGGAGCAGCCAAGGGAGAGAACGCUUUGGCCCAGAACCACCUGCAGCUGCACAAGAAACCUGAAAAAGUUUCUCAUCCAGGCCAGGUUGAGAGCCCAGUCUCCUUUGCCAAGGGGAAGGACAGCACCGGUUCGUUCUGGAAAGCAGCAGACUACUCCUCGUCAAGCGACGAAGUCGGCAGCAGUGAUGAAGAUGACAUGAACCACAUGAGGCAACUGCUGAGCAGCAGAGUGGCAGAUUUCUCAAGGACGAAAGUACCAGAUGGGAUUGAACUGAAACCCCAAAGCACCACUGCAGAACAGAAGGAUCAGAUUUUAGGGAAACAAAUUUCUAGCACCCAAGAAGGCCUCUGGAGCAUAAACAACCAAAACUAUCUCCUGCCAGAUCUUCUUCAGCAGAGCCAAAUUUCAGAUUCCUCUGUGAACACACCAAAAGUGCCACUGACUAGUCAGGAACCUCAGAACAAAUCUGUGAAUAAGACCCCGUCCACUGAAAGUACACCUUCAAAGAGCAGUACAUCAUCUACAACAUCGUUUACUUCAUUCAUAGAUCCCAGACUUCUGCCAAUCACCCCUCCCACCAGUCCAGUUGGACCUCCCUGUAGUUCUUCAUCUAGUGCAAAACCUGAGCCUGUCAGGAGAGAAAACGCAAGGAAAGGCUCUGUUGUCAACGUUAACCCAACGAAUAUCCGCCCACAGAGCGACAGUCCAGAAAUUCGUAAAUACAAGAAGAAAUUCAACUCGGAGGUCCUUUGUGCUGCUUUGUGGGGAGUAAAUUUACUGGUGGGAACGGAGAAUGGAUUGUGGCUACUGGACAGAAGUGGGCAGGGAAGAGUAUAUUCACUGAUUACAAGGAGACGAUUCCAGCAAAUGGAUGUUCUGGAAGGACUCAAUGUGCUAAUUACUAUAUCAGGGAAGAAGAAUAAGUUGAGGGUCUACUACUUAUCGUGGCUGAGAAAUAAGAUUUUGCGCAAUGAUCCAGAGGUGGAGAAGAGGCAAGGCUGGGUGUCUGUGGGUGAUCUGGAAGGCUGCGUACACUACAAAGUUGUAAAAUAUGAGAGAAUCAAAUUCCUUGUAAUUGCUUUGAAAAACUCAGUGGAGGUUUAUGCUUGGGCUCCGAAGCCUUACCACAAAUUCAUGGCUUUUAAGUCUUUUACCUCACUUCAUCACAAACCGCUGUCAGUUGACCUGACUGUUGAAAAUGGACAAAGAUUAAAAGUGAUCUAUGGCUCUCUAGUUGGCUUUCACGCUAUUGAUGUGGACUCUGGAUCUGUGUAUGACCUCUACCUUCCAACACAUAUCCAAGGAACUAUUCGCCCACAUGCCAUUAUCAUCCUCCCAAACACCAGCGGAAUGGAACUGUUACUCGCCUACGAAGAUGAAGGCAUCUACAUUGAUAUAUACGGGCAUUUCACAAAGGAAACUGUUUUACAGUGGGGAGAAAUGCCAGCAUCUGUAGCUUACCUUCAAUCUAAUCAGGUCAUGGGCUGGGGAGAGAAGGCAAUUGAAUUGCGCUCUGUGGAAACAGGAAAUCUGGAAGGAGUAUUUAUGCACAAGAAAGCGCAGAAGCUAAAAUUUCUAUGUGAAAGAAAUGACAAGGUGUUCUUUGCAUCCGUACAGUCAGGAGGCAGCAGUCAAAUUUACUUUAUGACUCUUGGUCAAAAUGUACUAUUUAACUGGUAAAUCACAUCAAAAUGAAGGAUGCUUUGAAAUUCCCUGUAGCUAGCAGUGUAAAAUGCUUGAAGGUAAUACAUGCAAAUUUGCACUUUUUACCUACAAAAAUAUUGUCAUAUAGAAUUUGUAUUCUUUCAGUUUGGAAAGAAUUCCAUUUUCCUGUCAAAUUAUUGCAAACAUGUUUUGUUUGUCUUCUCAAACAUGCUGCAAACCAAGACUGUAUUCACAGUGUUAGAGCAACUUUAAUGAAGAAUGUAAAGUCCCUGUACUCAGAAGAGUUUACAAUUUCCUUUUUUACAGAUAAUGUAAUAUUAUCACCUUGAACUGAAGUCUCUUUCUUUUUUGGACAGCAACAUCUAUAGGUAGAUACAAAAACAAACAAGUUGGAUGGCAAAUUGGAAUCUAUUUUGAAUUGGUUUUUGGUUGGUUUUUAUUUUGAGCAAGUUUUACUGUUGCACCAAGACUCACUUGUGUGAGUCUUACGAUCAGUGGAAGAGUGACUUUUCACAAAGGGGCCUACCUCAGACACAGAUGCUGAGGGAUCGUGUCCUGCAGUAGGGAGAAUGCGUGCAUUUCACUGCAGAGCUGUAAAAGCACCUACUUCGGGACGUGCCCCACAUGGCAGAUUUUAUAAAAUGCAGGGGACAGACUCCAUGUUUCUCUCAGGGCUGGACGCCUGAGCCCACAGACACACUUACUGUAGAAUGUAUUUGUAAAAACAGUUUAAAUAGUUUGUCAAAAAUGUAUGCAUAAAGCGUUAGGGACCUGAACCUGUAAUUUUUACUCAAACAAGGGACCCAUACUCAUGUGAGUUGAUUUAAUGGCACUACCCCUGUAUAUAAGGGCACAGGAUCAGGCACCUUCUUUUCUUUCCUUCUUGCUCUUUCAGCAACAAGUCUUCAUGUAUUUGUGUGUAAAUACAAUCUUUCCAAAAUGGGUAUUAACAAAUGUAUUCUUAAUAUAGUUACGAAAAUAUCCAGAGUUAUUCUAUUAUAAAUAAGAAAAUAUAAAUAAUUUCAGGUGCUUUCUAUGCUAACUGCAUCUAAAUAAAGCUGCAUCCACUAGUGUUAUUGGUGCCAGUGUUUCUGCAUAAACUCUGUUCUCAGGGGCAUGUAACUUGGCCAUAAAACUAAACAGACAUUCUGUGAUUAAAUUGUAGGGUUUAAUGCAGUCAGCAUUUAGCUGAUAUUUGGAUGUGCUUUGAAAAUGUAAAGCAUCAAGUGUAACACAAAAGAGCUUAUUCCAGACAUGAUAUAGUAUGGAUGACACUGUAGGCAAAAGUGAAAUUGAUAGCUACAGUGUUUGAAAAUAGUUUGGUUUUGUUUUUACUUGAAAUAUGUGAUACUGGAAGGUGCAGGGAAAGUGUAUUGGAAUAUCUGGUUGUCUACCUCAAGGAUGAUGAUUCAAAAUUUGCUAAGAAGGGGAGAAAUAAAAGCUGUUCAAACUGGUAUCUGUUUUGUACAGCAUGUCAAAUUAAGGUAGUGUUAGCCAUCAUUUUGUGGCCGAUGGGUGCUCUGACUGCAACCAUCAGCUCCAGAAUUGGCAUCUUCCCAUAUAAUAUCAGCAGAGAAUCAAACUCGGGGCUAAUCGCCUCUUCCCCAUGGUGGCACCUCAACUGCUGCAGGAAGAUAGAGAUGCCAACACUGCUUCUCUCUGUGUUCUUUGGCUAUGUGGAGGACUGCACUUUCCAAAGUUAUUAACCUAGCACUUUUCAUGAGCACUAGUUUAUCUCAAAACGUAUAGUGUUUUUUUAAUGAAGUAUUUUCCUCUUAAAUGGUUAAAAUUACAGAAAAAAAUAAGCCUAAGCCAUACUAAAAAAGAUAUGCAGUUAUAUACUCAAAGUAAAUUUAAAUGUAUGCAAGUGAUCAGCUUGUGUGUAAAAUUUUAGAAUCUGAGUGGUGUGCACUGCCUGGGCAAAGCUGUGUGAAAUCAGGUCUCUGGCUAUUUGUAGUAAUAUUCCUACCUGUUGUCCGUGCUAGGGCUGGGACAAAUGAGCAAAACAGACAUAUUUUAGCCUGCCUUGGCUCCCUGUGCUACUGAGCACUGGGCUUAUUUUGGUCAAUUGUUAUCAAAAACAAACACCACCAAAAAAAAAAAAAAAAAGAUGAAAGUUACAAUUACACGCAAAAGAAAUUACAAUCAGAAAUACAAUUUACUUGCUUUUACUUCAAAUAAAAAGUCUAAGAGGCUGUGAAGAAAGAACACCUUUCAUUUUGUACCCAGUGGGUGUGCAAAACUUGCUUGCAAAACUGCUCUUGCUAUAAGCAAUCAGUGACCCAGGCUGCUCUACAAUAUUUUUAAAGUGUGCUUAUCACAGCAGCCUCUGCAUAACAUGGAUGGCAGGUGAAAUUUUCUCCUUCUCCCAUUUUGGUGACAACAGGUAGGAGGCAGGUUCUCCCUGAUGCUAGACAUUAGUUCGAAUGGAUUUAACAGAGUACCGUGGGAAUUCAGAUCAGCUCGUGCCAAGAGAUUAAAGAAGCAAAAUAUCAUCAAACUUUUUUAAUAUUACUGCAACAGAGAAGUAAGUCGACACUCUGUGAAGAUGUUUAGCUCUCUACCAAGAAAAACAAAGUGGGUUUGAGAGAGGGGAUGUGUGCUACUGCAUUACGAUGUUAAACUCUCAUUCUGCUUCCUUUUGUUAGUUCUCUUUUCUUUUGAACUAUGAUUCAAGUCAGUGGUUGGAUUUUCACCUGUCACUUUGCAUGUAAAACCAUUGGAAUUAUUGGGAUUAACAUCCAUGUGUAAAUAUGGAAAGAAUCAGGACCUUGGAGGUAAAUGCUUUUAAAGGAUUUAGAAGUGGUAUUCCAAAUAGUAAGGCAAUGAGGUGUAACAAGGAGACAAAUGUGUCAUUUUCUCUCCAUCAAGAGAAAAUCAGAAGGGAUGAAGAUGAGAAAGCUCAGAGAUGUUGAGAAGAGUAACUGAAGAGAGUAGAAGUAACUGAAGAGGAGGGAAAAGCUGAAGAAAAUAAACUAGAGUAGCCAAAGGGAGACAGUGGAUGUCUGGAACGGGUGUAUUGCUGUAGGAAUAAUAAUAAAAAAUACAAGUUAAGAAACGUUAAGGAAAGUAACCAAAGAAAUUGAAAGGUAUCUGGAGUGUCUGGGUGGUCUGAACGCUGACUGAGGGUGUUGUGAAUAGUUAAUAAAGCAAAAGCUCAAAGGCUGGAAGGAAAAAAAAAAAAUCAAGAGACUCAAGGUUUUCCUGACAUAAGUUUAACUAUGCAAAAUGUGGAUCAGCCCUGUGUUUUCAUUCUGUGAGGAGUUUCUCUGGCUGUACGUACCCUCUCUCUAACUCUUAGGACCACAGGGUGAACUGCCCAACAGUUUGGUUUUCCUCUCAUUUCACUUUGAUGCGAACAAACGCGAUUGGGGUGUUCCUCUGGUACAUGCAGUUGCCUAACGGCAGGUGGUGCUCCUCACAUUGCAUUUGCCCGGCCAAGCGUGCACUAACACUGCAGCGAGAGCGUUUUCUACAUGCCUGUUUUCAUUUAAGAAGGGGUGAACUCCAUUCUGCAGCCUGACCCUUGACGCGUGACUCCACAACCUGGGAACAAUGCAAGCUGUGUACUGUACGUCAUGUAUGGGUUUUUUUUUAUCGUUCCCUAAUGUUCAACUUGUACAACUGAAACUAAUAAAAAAACCUCUGAAAAUCAAAA